AUGAUUCUCCAAGAAAAAAAAAUCGAUGAUCUAAUACAUUUAGCUGAAAUAUGUAUUGAAUUAUUACUACAAGAUAGUGAACAUUAUCCAGAAGCAUUUAAACAAUAUAAUGAUUUAUUAAUUGAACAUGAAGAAAUUUUUUGGUCUUUAUUUGCUGUUGAUAUGGAACAUGUUAUUGAUCAACAACCUAUUGAAAGUUGGGAUUCAUUUCCAUUAUUUCAAUUAUUAAAUGAUUAUCUUCGUCAACAUGAUACAUUAUCAAAUGGUCGAUUUCAUCAACAAUUACGUGAUACAUUUGCUCCAUUAGUUAUUCGAUAUGUUGAUCUUAUGGAAUCAUGUAUUGCACAAUCAAUUCAUAAAGGUUUUGAAAAAGAAAAUUGGAAAUCAAAAACGUA